AUGGAGAGCAUCUCUCUUCUUCCUUCCGUUUCUUCGGUCCCACGCUCAAGGGCUCCGUUGGAUCAGCGCAAUGGCAUCCUAAGCUUCCGCCAAAAAGGACGCUACGUGAAAAAUGAACAGUCGUUAAGAUUAAGGCCCUUAGGUAAAUUUUUUUCUAGAGUUUAUGGAGCAUUUCAGGACGAUCCAACAAAAGAUUCUGGAGACAGGAACAAUUCGAUUCUGGUAAGUGAUGAAGAAAGGAUUGAAACAUUGGUUAUGCAAAUUAAGGCUAUAUUCAGAUCAAUGAAUGAUGGAGAGAUAAGCCCCUCAGCUUAUGACACUGCAUGGGUUGCUCGAAUUCCAUCAAAGGAUGAUCCAGCCAAACCACAUUUUCCUACAACUCUAGACUGGAUCCUUAAGAACCAACAUGAAGAUGGUUCAUGGGGAGAGCCUAGCAUCUUCCUACUUUAUGACAGGCUUGUUUGCACUCUAGCAUGUAUUCUUGCUCUCAAAUCAUGGUCAAGAGGUCCUGAGCAUACUGAAAGAGGGCUCAAAUUCUUGAGGGCUCAAGCUGAACAUAUUGGGAAGGAAACCACAAGCUUGAGGACGAGUGGCUUUGAGAUAGUAUUUCCUUCGAUGCUCAACGAAGCCAAAGUUAUUGGGUUUGACCUUCCUUAUGGCAUUCCUUGCUGGACAGAGAUCUUUGCACUAAGAGAGAAGAAAAUCAAGAGGAUCCCUGUGGAAAUGAUGCAUUCGGUUCAUACAACCAUGUUGUACUCACUAGAAGCAUUACAAGAAGUGGUGCAGUGGAAAAGGAUUCUAAAGCUUCAAUCCAGAGAUGGGAGUUUCCUAAGUUCUCCCUCAGCCACAGCUGCUGCGUACAUGAAUAGUGGUGACGCUAAAUGCCUAGAAUUCUUGACUUACAUAAUAAGAAGAUUUCAAGAAUAUGCAGCACCAUGCCAAUAUCCUUUUGACCUCCUAGAGCGCAUCUGGGCAGUUGAUACAAUUCAAAGAUUGGGAAUUGAUCACUACUUCAAGGAUGAAAUUUCUGACACUAUCAACUAUGUUCACAUGAAUAUUGGGGAAAAGGGUGUAUCUUGGGGAAGAGACAAUCCAAUUCCUGAUGUUGAUGAUACGUGCAUGGCCCUCCGAUUGGCAAGAUUACAUGGUCUCCCUGUAUCCUCAGAGGUGCUCGAGAAUUUUAAAGACGAGAAUGGAGCCUUCAUAUGCUUCCCAGGAGAGACGCACAGAGGUAUUUCAGAUAUGUUCAACUUAUAUCGAUUCUCCCAGAUUUCUUUUCCAGGAGAGGAGAUACUAGAGGUGGCAAGGCCCAUCAUUGAGCAGUACCUACAGAAGUGUGUCGACAAUAAUCAAAUGGAUGACAAGUGGUCCUUGAAAAAGGCCUUAGAUAAAGAGGUUGCACGAGCUUUAAGAUAUCCCUGGAAUAUGAGUCUUCAGAAACUUGAAGCUAGGGAGUAUAUAAACCAUUAUGGAGAAAAUGAUGUUUGGAUUGCCAAGACUAUUUAUAGGUUGUACAAUGUUAAUAAUCCGAAGUACUUGGAACUUGCCAAGUUAGACUAUAACAGGCUGCAACCUAUGUACAAAAGAGAGAUCAAAUCUAUUCUGAAAUGGUGGACUGGAUGUGGACUGAAUGAUCCAUUUGUUACUCGAGUACACCCAAAGGCGGCCCACUUAGCAAUCGCAGCUACUCUAUCUGAUCCAGAAUUUAAAGAGUGCCGGAUAGCCUACAUCAAAUCCACUAGCAUUGAAGAUGUCCUUGAAGAUCUAUUUCACAAACAUGAUUCUAUCAGCGACUUGAAAUUAUUGUCUCAAGCAGUUAAGCAAUGGAAUCCUUCACUAGUCAGUUCUCUUGGACUAAAAGUUAAGGUAAUUUUCAUGGGAAUGUAUGACACAUUGAAUGAAUUGGCGAUCCAAGCUAGCAAUGCUCAAGGAAGGGAUGUUUUUCCCCGCCUCCAUGAACUAAGAAUGGGGCGAAUUCAAUACUACCUGAAGCAUAGAGAGAUAAGAGAAAUAAAACAUUUUGUUUCGUGGAACGAAUAUACUGAGAAUGGCAAAAAGGAUCAUGGUGUUGCCAUCAGACUACUUCCGGCAAUGUUUCUCAUGGGUGAGAUUCUGCCAGAUAAUUUUCUGCAAUCCAAGAUGCACGAACAAUUGUCAUUGUACCUGAGACUGCUAACUGAUGUGAGGAAAUAUGAGAAUAUGAUGGGAGCAGAAACUACUUCCCCUAUUCAUUCUUAUAUAAAUGAAGCCAACUGCACGGAGGAAGAAGCAAUAAGCCAUGUAAAGAAAAUGACAGAGGAUGCCUUCCAUGAGUUAUUAAAGGAGUAUCUAAAGCCUAGAGAUUAUCCUCAUUGCCGAAGGUUAAUGUUUGAACAUGGAAGAAUAACUCGUUUUUUCCUGGGGGAUAACAUCAGUAGCCUACUUGCACAAAGAGAGAAAAUUAAUGAUGAUCUGGAGAGGUUACUUUCUCCAGUUUAAUUUGGAAACUUGAGAUUGGGAGAAUCACUAACAUUUAAAUAUAUCUGUUAUUGAGACUAUCUUAACCUAUGAUCUCCUAAAAAUCUGAGAUUCUAUGUACU